CCAGGCGAGUAGGACCCGGACUGUGUCGGGAUUCGCGUCUGGUUUGGCGUUCGAGUGUUGAAAGUCAGAGAAGUAAGGAAAGUGACGUGGAGAGACGUGGAGAGAAACACAGAGAGACAGAGACGUGGAGAGACACAAAGAGACUUGGAGAGAAACUAAGCAAGGCACUAAACAGGAUAGUACGUAACAAGGACAAGCUCUACAAGGACAAGCUCAGCUACCCCUGAAGCCCUAGCCCUGCCUUCAUGCGCAGCAGGUGCCCCACCUGGUCCAUCCCUCCCAGGUAAGACUCAGCCAGUGCUGCAGGCAGUCUGACUCCCAGUCCCCUGAGUGACUUCUGAGGAUCAUCUACAGGCAAGAAGAUGGCUCAAGUUCUGCACGUGCCAGCCCCCUUCCCAGGGACCCCUGGCCCAGCUUCCCCACCCUCCUUCCCUGCCAAGGAGCCAGACCCACCCUACUCAGUGGAGACACCCUAUGGCUACCGCAUCGACCUGGACUUCCUUAAGUACGUCGAUGACAUUGAGAAGGGCCACACUCUGCGGCGGGUGGCUGUGCAGCGCCGCCCACGUCUGGGCUCGCUGCCCCGUGGCCCUGGCUCCUGGUGGACGUCCACUGAGUCACUUUGCUCCAAUGCCAGUGGAGAUAGCCGCCACUCAGCCUACUCCUACUGUGGCCGUGGCUUCUAUCCCCAGUAUGGAGCCCUGGAAGCCCGUGUGGGCUUCAAUCCCCGAGUGGAGCGCACACUGCUGGAUGCCCGUCGCCGCCUCGAGGACCAGGCAGCCACACCCACUGGCUUGGGUUCCCUGACACCUAGUGCAGCUGGCUCAACGAGCUCUCUGGUGGGUGUAGGGCUGCCACCCCCAACUCCCCGGAGCUCAGGACUGUCUACACCGGUGACGCCCAGUGCUGGGCACCUAGCACACGUGCGGGAGCAGAUGGCAGGUGCCCUGCGGAAGCUUCGGCAGCUAGAGGAGCAGGUAAAGCUGAUUCCUGUGCUCCAGGUGAAGCUAUCAGUGCUACAGGAGGAAAAGCGGCAGCUCACAGUGCAGCUGAAGAGCCAGAAGUUUCUGGGCUACUCCACAGGGACUCGUGGCCGCAGCGAGCUCUGCCUGGACCUCCCUGAGCCCCCUGAAGACCCAGUGGCACUCGAGACCCGGAGUGUGGGUACCUGGGUCCGAGAGCAGGACUUAGGCCUGCCCGAUGGGGAGGCAGCCCUUGCUGCCAAGGUUGCCGUGCUGGAGACCCAACUCAAAAAAGCACUACAGGAGCUGCAGGCAGCUCAGGCCCACCAGGCCAACCCCCAGCCCCAGGCCUGGCCACUGCCAGACUGCCCGGUCCGUGUCGACACCGUCCGAGUAGUGGAAGGGCCACGGGAGGUGGAAGUAGUGGCCAGCACUGCUGCUGGGGCCCCUGCACAGCGGGCCCAGAGUCUGGAGCCUUAUGGGGCUGGUCUGCGGGCUCUGGCGACAUCCAGCAGGGCAGAGAGCCCUCCUGUAUUCUGCAGCCAUGAGGUAGUGGAGACGAUGUGCCCAGUGCCCACUGUAUCCAACAGCAACUUCCACGCAGUGAAGAAAAUCAGCAUCUCAGAGCGAAGCUGUAGUGGCCCAGCAGGUGUCUUACAGACUCCUGCAGAGUCACCCUUGCCACCCCUGGGGACUACAGCUGCCUCUCUGGCACAGCCGGAAAAGGAUGCGGGCUAUACCCAUGAUACCGCCUUCAGGGAGUCCAGCCAGCAAGCAGCCUCCGUGGAGCCAGAGGAGGCAGGGGGUAUUGGAGGGCCUCAGGCAGUCAUACAGUCCAUCAUGAAGAGGAAAGAGGAGCCCACAGAUCCAGCAGCCAACCGGAGGAGCCUCCUGUUUGUGGGAGUUAAUGGCAGGUCUGCAUGUUCCCCAUGUCUGCCCAUUGGGCUAGAUAUGAAUAGUAGUGGGGAGGGACCCAGGGGACUCAUGGGGAUUGUUCCUGAGAUAAUUCUUCACUCAUUUCCUGGCAGGAUGGAGCUAAGUCCUGACCUCAUCUCAGCCUGCCUUACCCUGGAAAAAUACCUGGACAACCCUAAUGCCCUCACCGAGCGGGAGCUGAAAGUGGCCUAUACCACAGUGCUACAGGAGUGGCUGCGCCUGGCCUGCCGCAGCGAUGCACACCCUGAGCUCGUGCGCCGCCACCUGGUCACAUUCCGGGCCAUGUCAGCACAGCUACUGGACUACGUGGUCAACAUUGCUGACAGCAACGGGAACACGGCACUGCACUACUCUGUAUCUCAUGCCAACUUUCCUGUGGUGCAGCAACUACUCAACAGCGGUGUCUGCCAGGUGAACAAGCAGAACCGUGCUGGCUAUAACCCCAUCAUGCUCACUGCCCUGGCCACCCUGAAGACCCAGGAUGACAUUGAAACUGUCCUGCAGCUCUUUCGGCUCGGAAAUGUCAACGCCAAAGCCAGCCAGGCCGGACAGACAGCCUUGAUGCUGGCAGUCAGCCAUGGGCGGGUGGAUGUUGUCAAAGCCCUGCUGGCCUGCGAGGCAGAUGUCAACGUGCAGGAUGAUGACGGGUCAACAGCCCUCAUGUGCGCCUGUGAACAUGGCCACAAGGAGAUAGUGGGGCUGCUGCUGGCUGUGCCCAACUGUGACAUCUCACUCACUGACCAUGAUGGGAGUACAGCCUUGAUGGUGGCCUUGGAUGCUGGGCAGAGUGAGAUCGCGUCCAUGCUGUAUUCCCACAUGAACAUCAAGUGCUCGUUUGCCCCGAUGUCAGAUGAUGAGAGUCCUGCUUCGUCCUCAGCAGAAGAAUAGCCUCCCCUCCGGGACCAGCCAGCCCCAGAACAAACUGUCCCUGUCCCGUCCCCCACCCCCCCACCCCCGCCAUCCCCUGCUCACACUCCCCAAGGCCCAUGUCUCCAAGGCAAGUGGGUUUUUCCUUCUGCUUCCCUGGGGGGAGCCCCGAGGGCAACAAGACUCCAGCUCCAAGCGGGUUUUCUUGGCACCCCUGUUCAAAGCAGCCACAGCGCAGACCAAAGCUAAAUUCUUGUAUAAAUUGGCGCCAGUCAAA